AUAAAUUGUACGCUCGCACAUUCAUCCGCUCCGUCAGUAAGAGCACGCCUCUGAGACUGUGGCAUCGCAACCGUCGAGGAGUUGAGUGCGAGGAACUGAAAAAAAUCCUAAAAAUGGGCUUCAAAUUCUCCAUAAUCUGUGGUAUUUUCCAAGUGCUGCUGGUGAUUUUGUUUUCCGUCUUGGUUGAUUACGGCCAACACGCUUCUCCACCGCACAAACGAAAAGGUUCCGCAGGAUCAGUUGUGAAUUCCUCUGAGACUCUCGCCGUAAACGAUGUAACUGUGUACUAUUCAAUGUUCCAAGAUGUCCAUGUUAUGAUCUACAUCGGUUUUGGUUUCCUGAUGACCUUCCUGAAGAAGUAUGGUUAUGGUGCCGUAGGAUACAACUUUUUUAUCGCCGCUCUUGUCACUCAGUGGGGUACAAUUGUAACUGGAGGUUUAAAUCAGAUUUACGGCGAAGGACACGAACACAUCGAGCUCAGCAUACAAACUUUGGUUACAUCAGAGUUCGCCGCUGCCACGGUCCUCAUCACUUACGGAGCGGUCCUGGGUAAAGUGAGCCGCCUGCAACUGCUGGUCAUCGGCAUCCUGGAAGUAGUAUUCUACGCCAUCAACGAACUGAUCGCCAUUGAGUUCCUGAAGUACUCUGAUGCUGGAGGGUCCAUAAUCAUUCACAGUUUUGGGGCGUACUUCGGGCUGGCCCUGUCCCGGAUGUUACAUGACAAAAAGGUCUUGGACAGUCCUAAGGAAGCAUCCGUGUAUCAUUCUGAUCUCUUUGCAAUGAUUGGUACUGUUUUCCUUUGGAUGUACUGGCCCAGUUUCAACGCUGCCUUAGUGGCUCCUGAUUACGUUGCACAACACCGCUCCGUCAUCAACACAUACUUCUCAUUGGCUGCUGCUUGUGUGACCACAUUCGCGCUGUCGCCUCUCUUCCAGAGAGAAGGAACCAAAUGGAGAUUGAGCAUGGUCCACGUUCAGAAUGCCACUCUCGCCGGUGGUGUUGCCGUGGGAACAGCGUCGAAUAUGUCAAUCAGUCCGUGGGGGGCUCUUUUGAUUGGUUGCUCUGCCGGAGCACUGAGCACCGUGGGAUACGCAUACCUGACACCAUUCUUGACGAAAUACACCAAGACCCAUGACACGUGUGGUGUACACAACUUGCACGGAAUGCCGGGAAUUCUUGGUGGCAUCGCGGGCGCCGUUGCUGCUGCGCAUGCCGAUGUUAACAAAUACGGAUACGAUGGCCUGUUCAAUCUGUGGGGUGCGCGUGCUCCAAAGAUAAAUACUACUGAGUACUAUGACCUUGUCAAGAUGGGCGUGCCGUUUGAUGCAGGAGAUGGCCGCUCAGCCAAAGCUCAGGCUGGUUACCAGAUCGCCGGUGUAGCCGUCGCUCUUGGAAUUGCCAUCAUUGGAGGAAUUGUGACUGGUUUUAUUGUGAGGUGGAAAAUCUUUGAUCCACCCUCUCAAGAACAGAUGUAUGAUGAUGAUGAUUUCUGGGAGGUCCCCACUGAAGAGGCAAGCGAAGAUGUGGAGACAGGGGACGGUUUCACCCAUGAGAAGGAGGAUAAACUGUAGGCUUCUAACUACUGAAAGGAAAGCCCCUUCAGUCGCUGUAUUAUUUUCUUUGACAUAAAUAACUGAUAGGUUUUUAUACUACGUCUGAUAAAUCGAUAACUAAGUUUUAAACUUUGUUAGGAAACAUGCUAGUGAUUUACAAGUCUUGUUAACAAUUAACAAUUGGUACAUACGUCAGCGUGCGUUCAUCGAGAUAUGAAGCACGCGGGAAGUUUGGAGAACACGAAAGAUGCAACCCUAGCUUUUUGAGUGCUCUCCAAA